UGUGCACUAGGCGUGGUUUCCAUUGUGAGGUGGCUGUUGUCGGGCAGAAGAAGCGCCGCAGCUCACGUUGUGUAUCCGGAUAACUUAUUAUUAUUUUAAAUUAUUUUAGAUAUGGAUGCCCAAAAGUCCAGGAGCAGCAGCCAGACUUCACCUUCCCUGAAGUUGUCAAAUGGCUACAUUCUUCCUGAGGGCAAAUUGACGCCCAACGCCCUCUUUGUUGGUGGGAUUGACAUGAAGGUGGAUGAAAAUGAAAUGCGGGACUUCUUUGCGAGAUAUGGUGCUGUUAAGGAAGUCAAAAUUAUCACAUACCGUGGUGGGAUCUGCAAAGGGUACGGGUUUGUGUACUUCAAUGAAGAUGUCAACAUUCAGUCAAUCAUUGAGCAACAGAUCAGUUUUAAGGGUCGGAAACUCAAGCUGGGCCCUGCGAUCAUGAAAGAAAGGAGCUCUCGGUCCAUGCCGUCCCGUCUGGUUGGCCCGGCUCCCUGGAUGAGCCCCACUCAGUACUUCUACUGCGGCUGCUGCUCACCGAUGGGAGGCGGUAUGGCGCAACCUUCGCCCAUCCUCAAUGGAGGCAGCCCCUACAAUCAGCCGUACUCUUACUCCAACUUUGGAGGGGUCAUGAUCCCACAGAUGCCAAUGAACUACGCACAGAAUGCCUACGCCUACCAGAGCUUUGUUGACUGUGGAGUCCAGACUAUGAUGACUGUGCUGUAGCCACUGAGCCACCUGCCAGAUGCACGCUACAGUGAGUCAAAAUGCAGACAGGAUGACAUCUUGAUGUUCCGGACGGCUGGAAGCGACCCAACGCCUCUCACUGUUUCCUGAACGCCCUCCCCUCUUCUCCCUUCCCUCAAUUUUUGAGACCCAUUUUAACACCAGACUGCAGGAGCUCUCCACUUUAACUGUACCAGUUCUAUCACAAUCACUUUGACCACGACGGGUAUGGACCGCUGUCUUGUGGUCAGACCGCUUUUAACUCACACGGAUCACAGUGACAGUCACACAGGAAGAGCAGAGCAUCCUCACCAUACCAGCUGGGUUUUGUUUAUUUUCCUUUGUUAGUUAUCCUACAGAAAAAAAAUGGAAAAGACUUUUAAGCUUACCCUUUGUGCCUAUUUAUGUUUUAUUAUUUAUAUUUAGUAUUAUUUUAAAUAUUUUGUUGGUUGGGGCUUUUUUAGCCUCUGCAAGGGCUCUCUGUACAUCAAAGGUACAUUUAUAAAUAUAUAUAUAUAUUGUAACAUUGACAGCAAUUUUGUUGUCUCAGCAUUGAAGUAGAAUGCUACUUUAAUUCAAGUUCAGUUCUAAUUCUCCUCUGAUUUAAGAAAUGUCAUUAACUUGUCUACUACAGUAUAAGGGCACUUGGUCAUUCCAUUAAUUUCAAGCACUCAUUUAUUUUGUUCUCUAUUCUAUUUAAUUGGGUGUCGAUUGAGGCAGUAAAUGAACAGUAAUUUAGGUCACAUUAUUUUGCCUCGUCAAUAUAACGGAUUUCUCGUCUCGGUCAAACGCCGGACUUUUCAAGUUGAGUUCCACAGAGCACGUUGCAGCACACCGAUCAUCUGAGUGUUGUGUUUCUAAACCGUCCCAUCCUGUGACUGGGUGUUUCUCAAACGGUUCACACUCAAGUACAAUCACGGCAUAAUUUAUUGUUACUCGUAAAUCAACUCGUGGAAGACAGUUCAAAAUCCAACUUGAAAAUGAAGGACAUGAUUUAAAAUAAGGUGCUCUCUGCUUCUUUUUUGGGAAAAUCGUUCACUGUACAUGGUUCACUUUAUACUGGUUGUUUCUCUCUUUGGGUUUUAAUCUAGUCGCAGGUGAUUUUGCACAAAGUAUUUUACUGUCAUUGUGAGAGUGAACAAUGAUUCUUUUAUAUGUAUAUUAUUUUCAGUAAGUGCACUUCAUUUGUUUUCUGUGAAAUGUAUGCACUCAAAGAGUAUCUUUGUAUGGUGGGAGAUGCACAUUUGGUAUUUGGUGUACGUCACACAUUUUCAUUUCUCUUGACCCAGUUCUGCAUAGUUUUAUCGUGGCAAUGACCUCGAGCGUCUCCUAAUCAGACGUCUGAUUGUAUUAAUAGAAUAGUUUUGUUCAGAGAGCCUGGGCACUGCACUGUUUGGUUUGUGUUUUAUGUUU